UCAACUCCUCUGACUGUCGCAGUUCGCAGAGAUUCACUCUUAAACGAACUCCAAAGUCUCAAUCUUUAUGUCGUUUUGGUCCCCACGAUGCGCCAAUUCCUUCACUCCCCAUCGCCAUCGCCGGCAGCUAGUCCUCAGCCUCAACCCCACGUCAGCAGCCGCUUCCCCCACCCUCUCGCCGCCGCCUCCGCCACCACCGCCUUCUCUCUCCUCCUCUUCCUCCUAGUCUGCUUCCGAAAAAGCACCCGUAAGCGGACUGCCCCGGAAUCCGACUCCAAGCCCCCCCACCGGUACUCCUACUCCGUCCUCCGCCGAGCGACCGACUCGUUCUCUUCGACGCGCCGACUCGGCCAAGGCGGCUCCGGGUCCGUGUUCUUCGGCACAAUCCCACACACCCACCAAGACGUCGCCGUCAAGCUCAUGGACUCCGGGUCGCUCCAGAGCGAGCGCGAGUUCCAGAACGAGCUCCUUUUAGCUUCCAAGCUCGAUUCACCGCUCGUUGUCUCGGUGCUCGGAUUCUCCUCCGACCCCAAACGGCGGCGUAUGGUGCUGGUUUACGAGUUUAUGAGGAACGGGAAUUUGCAGGACGCGCUGCUGAAGAGGAAGUGCCCCGAAUUGAUGGAGUGGAGGAAAAGAUUCUCAAUUGCCGUUGACGUAGCGAAAGGGCUGAGAUAUCUUCAUGGGUUGGACCCGCCGCUAAUCCAUGGCGAUGUGAAGCCGAGUAAUGUGCUGCUGGACGGCGGCUUCGCUGCCAAGGUCGCCGAUUUCGGGCUGGCGAGGCUGAAAUCGGAGAAUCAGGUAGUGAUUGAGAUUGAUGACGCGCCAAAGAAGGAGGAGCUGGAGAGCAAUGGCGGGUGCGACUAUGGGUCGGUGGUGGAGGAAACUGAGAGUGUGAUGACAGCUGGGUUCGAUGAUUUAAACGUGGGUGUUGAUCAGUCACCGGAGGAUUUAGCGAAGGGUCCUGUUUCGGUUUCGCCGGAGACUUCGGUGACACAGCCGUCCCCGGUGUCACCAGAGGGGAAUUUGCAGGAGGGUGGGAAGCAGAGGGUGAAUAGGGAUUGGUGGUGGAGGCAGGACAGUGGGGUGAAGGACUAUGUGAUGGAGUGGAUUGGGAAUGAGAUUGGGGCUGAUAGGCCGGUUGGAACUACUGCUUCCGGUUCAAGUAGCGAAAUGGUUGGGAAAUUUAAGAAGAAGAAGAAGAAGAAUACGAAGAAGAGGUUGGAAUGGUGGGUGUCAAUGGACGAGGAAAAGAAUGCGAAGAAUUCUAACAAGGAGAGGAAAAGGCCUCCCAGGGAAUGGUGGAAGGAAGAGUACUGCGAUGAGCUUGCCAAGAAGAAGAAAAAGAAGGAUAAGAAGCAAUCAAAAGGAAUGAGCUUUGAUGAGAAUGAUGACAAUUGGUGGGCACACGACGAGGAAUUGUAUGCGGAGAGUAAGAAGAAGAUCAAGAAGAGGAGUAGGACCAAGAGUUGGGGGAGUGUGAGUAGUAUUGAUUGGUGGUUGGACGGAAUGCGGCAUAAUGCUAGCCAUGAUUCCGGGGAAAUUCCAAUGAGUGGCGCCAUGAGUAGUACUCCGAGCAUGAGAGGCACAGUUUGUUAUGUUGCUCCUGAAUAUGGCGACGGUGGUGAUCCGUCUGAGACGUGGGAUGUUUAUAGUUUUGGAAUUUUUUUAUUAGUUCUUAUCGCCGGAAGGCGCCCACUUGAGGUCACAAAUUCGCCUCUAUCUGAGUUCCAAAGGGCGAAUUUGUUAUCGUGGGCGCGCCAUCUUGCCCGUGCGGGGAAGCUUGUUGAUCUUGUUGAUAAGUCCAUUCAGUUCUUGGAUCAAGAACAAGCGAUCCUUUGCAUUACCGUGGCAUUGGUUUGCUUGCAGAAAGUGCCUUCUCGCCGCCCUUCAAUGAAGGAGGUUGUGGGGAUGCUGACCGGUGAGUUGGAACCACCCAAAUUACCGCGUGAAUUAUCCAUUUCGGCUAAGUCACGCUUCCCAUUUAAGUCUCAUACAAAUGUUCGGUGAGUUUCUAAGCGUUUCUGUCAUUAACAUAAGCUGGUAUACUGCUAUAGUCUAUAGAUCAUUGCUUCAUCAUUUUUUGUGGAUGAUUUAUGUACUGAAAGAAGGGAAAAGGAACAGUUUUUACUUGUAUUAACUUAGGAUUUUAUCAAUGAAUUUGAAUUAUUGGAAUUUAUUUCA